UUCAUCUCUCGACUCUCUUUUUAGAUAACACAGCCUUUACACAACGUUAUAAAUAUACCCGACUUUAACUGUUUCUUAGUCAGUGCUUUGACUGCAAACCAAAAUGAAGUCUCUCAUAAUCGCUCUUGCAUCUUUCGCUGUUUUCAAUCUGGCCACAUGCCAGUACUCCAGCUUUCCAGUGUCCAGCAGCAGCGACUCUGCCAGAUAUUUGCAAUAUCUGAGAGAGCGCAGCCAAACCGAGCGACUUCGCCACGAAUUCGAAAGUCUCUGCCCUGGGAAAGACGACGAGCUGGACAACGCGCUCUAUGAGCUGAAAAAAUGCUCCGACCAAAUCGACGAAAACUCCGAAACCGCCUGCUCCGCCAUGAAAAACCACUUCAUGCGCUGCUCCAAGCCCAUGAGCUCGCUUUUGGAGUCCUGCGUCCCUGAGGAGUCCAAGGGGGUUCCAGACCUGGUCUUCGCAUCUGUCCACUCGGCUGUGAAUUAUUUGUGCAAGACAGACGGCGAGCACAUCUUUGAACUGGCCAACCACUGCGUCUACAAAACCAACUACAAGACCAUGCGAUGCGGGCGCAGGAUGAGGACCAAACUGCAGCAGUUUAAGAAGAAGUCGCCCACGAAAUCAGACAUUUGCGAGUUUGCCCAGUCGAUGAAACCCUGUCUGAAGGAGCAUUUGGACGAAUCGUGCGGAAAUGCCAUCACCAAGGAGUCCUUCAUGGGGAUGUUUGACGCCAUGAUGGCCCCCUGCAGCGGAGUCUCCAAAAACCAACUCGAGACCAACUACAUCAACGAAGUUGAAAUUUUAGACAAAUAAUUCCUUACUCAAACACCCCCUUAAUAAUAAAUAAUUGUAAAAAUUAACAUACGUAAUGUACCUACUAUAAAUAAAUUAUCUCCGAACUGUA